AUGAGUUUUAGAAUAGAAGAGUCUCCGUAAUUCAAAGGAGAAGAAUUAAAUCUCUCUAAAAUAUAUCAGAAUAGGGAAUCCCACUUCUCUGGAUUCUCUUUUCCAAGUAGUGUCAGACAGUAGAAAAAGUUUAAUUUUCAGGCCUCUGUCGAAACCAAGACUCCAACUCCGAAUCAAACUAAUAUAGAGAAUGCUCCGAGUGAUUUGAGCUAUGAAAUAGAGAAAUUGGUUAGAGAGCGGGAGCAAUUAUUAGGAGAUGUGCAGUAUUUUGAUCCAAAAGUCACCUUUAAUGUUGAUGAAUCCCCACAGAGGAUACGCAUACAAAGAAACAGUGCUCCAAUGCCAAAUACUAAACUGCAUCAAUUGAAUUAGCAAAUAAUCGAUGCUGAACACACCUACAAUUAAUUUUGCUAUUAAUUAAUUUGA